GAGAGAGGUAGAGACCUUCAGCUCCAACGCACCCUGCCACUAUUAUUAAAAAUAAAAUCACUUUGACCAGCUCCAGCGCCGGCCAGCUCUCUCAGCCCCAGCUCUGAAUUUGGCGAGGAUCCGGGAGCAGGUUUCCCCCUUCGCCCCCCAGCCCUGCCCGCGGCUCCGGCGAGCCUCGCAGGCACCUGGCGGCCCCCCCACGCCCGACGGCUCCCGCAGGCACCGCCCGGGGCAGGCAGGGCGCUCGGCCGGCUCCCCCUCGCCCGGAUUUCGGCCAACUCUCCUCCCCGCCACAACUUUAGCAUGAUGUCUUAUCUUAAGCAACCACCUUAUGCAGUCAAUGGCCUGAGUCUCACAACCUCGGGCAUGGAUUUGCUGCAUCCGUCCGUCGGUUAUCCCGCCACCCCGCGGAAGCAGCGGCGGGAGCGCACGACCUUCACCCGGGCGCAGCUGGAUGUGCUGGAGGCUCUUUUCGCCAAGACCCGCUACCCCGACAUCUUCAUGCGGGAGGAGGUGGCGCUGAAAAUCAACCUGCCCGAGUCCCGAGUGCAGGUGUGGUUUAAGAACCGCCGAGCCAAGUGCCGGCAGCAGCAGCAGCAGCAGCAGAACGGGGGCCAGAACAAGGUACGGCCGGCUAAAAAGAAGAAUUCUCCAGCCCGGGAAGUGAGUUCAGAGAGCGGGACCAGCGGGCAGUUCACUCCCCCCUCCAGCACCUCAGUCCCCACCAUUUCCAGCAGCAGUGCCCCCGUGUCCAUCUGGAGCCCGGCGUCCAUCUCCCCGCUCUCAGACCCCCUGUCCACCUCUUCCUCCUGCAUGCAGAGAUCCUAUCCCAUGACCUACACCCAGGCAUCAGGCUACAGCCAAGGAUACGCUGGAUCGACCUCCUAUUUCGGAGGGAUGGACUGUGGAUCUUACUUGACCCCUAUGCACCACCAGCUGCCCGGGCCGGGGGCCACCCUGAGUCCCAUGGGUGCCAACGCGGUCACCAGCCACCUCAACCAGUCUCCAGCCUCCCUCUCCACCCAGGGCUAUGGAGCCUCCAGUUUGGGCUUUAACUCCGCCACCGAUUGCUUGGAUUAUAAAGACCAAACCGCCUCCUGGAAGUUAAACUUCAAUGCUGACUGCUUGGAUUAUAAGGACCAGACGUCGUCAUGGAAGUUCCAGGUUUUGUGAAGAACCUUUGUGAUACCGAGAGAAAUCGCGACGAGAACGAACAGGCUGGGCUGAGUGCUCCAGUUUUAGUCAGGUCUUGGUUAAAUUAAAGAGAAAAAUAACUCCAUGGACAAACAAAUGAACAACAACAACAAAAAAAAACUGACAGCAACAAGAGGGGGACAGUGUUGGUGUGAUCCCGUUCAGACUCAUCUCCUGCUCAGACGCUCUGGAAAAGGAAUAAUAAAGAGGAAAAACGGAGGAGGAAGGCCUUAAACGGACAGAUCAUCUAGUGAGCAGAAACCAGACAGACCCAUCUGUGUUCUUUCUAGUUUUAGCCAAUUGUUGGGUUUCUUUGUUUGGAAGAGGUGGGAGAUCUUCCCACCUGCGGGCCAGUUUAAAAAAAAAAAAAAAAAAAAGAGUCUAGGUUUUUAUUUCUUUUUUUGUGUGUG